AUGGCCACGUCCCCCGGGGGGAUCCCCGCUGAGCUGCAAGAGGGCAUCACCGCCUCCCUGGGGACAAAGAAGAUCCUCCUGGUCAAGAGUGUCCAGCUGCAGGUGAAAUCCAAGUACGACGACUUUGUCUUGGUGCUGACACCCUGGCGAGCCUACGUGGUGCCGGCGGUGCUGCCAGUCAGGGUGCACAGCAGCUUCAGCUUCCUGGAGGUGAGGGACAUCGCUGUGCGAGAGCCCAGCGUGGUUGUCAUAGAAACGGACACAUCAUCUUACUCCUUCCGGCUCAUGUCCUUCGACGACUUGGAGCAAGUUGUCAUCCAUGUCACCAUGUCACUUAAGAAGGUCUUCCCAGACUCAUCCCCUGGGACUCUGCUCAAGAACUCGCCCCCCAACCUGUACGAGAGGAUCCGGAGGGUCACGGACUCGCUGGAGGAGAUGCUGCAGAGCAACCAGGGGCCCUGCGGUGGGUUUUCAGAGACCUACGCCGCCUUAUGCGAUUACAACGGCUUUGUCUUCCGUGAGGAGGUCCAGUGGGAUGUGGACAACAUCUACCACGGCCAAGACUGCCGGGAGUUCAACCUGCUGGACUUCAGCCACCUGGAGAGCCGGGAUGUGGCGCUGAGCGUCGCUGCCUUGUCCUUCAACCUGUGGUUCACCAAGCUCUCCUGCAAGGACUUCAGGCUGAACCAGGAGAUCGCCGAGCAGCUGCUGUACAUGCUCAGCAAGUCGAUGACGCUGGAGGAGCUGGCACUGGAGAACAGCGGGCUGAGAUGCGACUUUGCACAGAGGAUGGCCCAGGCACUCAGCAGACAUCCCGACUCCGUCCUGCACACCAUCAACCUCGCCGGCAACCAGCUGGAGGACAGAGGGGUAAUCGCCUUCAGCCGGCACUUUGAGAAGAGACCCAAGGGCCUGCAGAGCCUCAACCUGGCCAGGACGAUGCUUGCUGCUAAAGGGAUGAGCACGCUGUGCCAGGCGCUCGCAGCCAACGAAGCCAUCGGCUCCUCGCUCCGGCUCCUGGACCUCUCGGGGAACCCCGGCAGCUUGGCUGUGGAGGACACCACCAGCUUGCAGAGCUUCCUGGGCCGCUGCGCCUCGCUCACGCACCUCAGCCUGGCUGCCACCGACUGCUCCCUGGACACUCUCUUUGGGGCACUGGUCCAAGGAUGCUGCGCCAGCCUGGUCCACCUGGACCUCUCCAAAAACACAUACUCGCACCGGAAGGUGAAAGCCGUCCCUCCUGACAUCAAGCAGUUCUUCAGCCAGGCCCGUGCACUCAGGCACAUCUCCGUGGCGGGUACCAAGCUGCCUCCAGAUGCCGUCAGGGCCAUGCUGCAAGGGCUGGCGUACAACAGCCACAUCAGUGAUCUGCACCUGGAUCUUAGCAGCUGCGAGCUGAGGUCGGCGGGGGCCCAGGUCAUCCAGGAUCUCAUCCCCGACGCCAGUGCCAUCAGCGACCUGGAUCUGUCUGACAACGGCUUCGACUCCGAUAUGGUGACGCUGGUGCUGUCCAUUGGCAGAAGCAAGUCCAUCCGGCACGUUUCGCUGGGGAAGAACUUCAACAUCAAAUCCAAGGACGGGCUGCUGGACGUCCUGCACCGCAUCGUCCAGCUCACCCAGGAGGAUGACUGCCCCCUCCAGUCCCUGUCUGUGGCCGAGUCGCGCCUCAAGCUGGGAACCAACGUCCUGCUGAGCGCCCUGGGCAGCAACACCAGCCUCACCACGCUAGACAUCAGCGGCAACGCCAUGGGCGACACCGGCGCCAAGAUGUUGGCCAAGGCCCUGCAGAUCAACACGAAGCUCAGGACCGUGGUUUGGGACAGGAACAACACAACUGCCCUUGGCCUCCUGGAGGUGGCUCAGGCUUUGGAGAGGAACUACACCCUCAAGUCCAUGCCCCUGCCGAUGAGCGACGUGGCGCAGGCGUACCGCAGCAACCCUGAGAGGACGGAAGAGGCCGUGCACAAGCUCCAGUCCUGCCUGGCGAGGAACCAGAUGCGUCGCGCACUGCCCGCGCAGACCUUCCGGCUGCAGCAGGGCAUCCUGGCCUCCUCCUCCGAGCAGAUGGUGAACGAGAUCUGCUUGAGCGUGCAGAAGCACGUCGACAUCCUGAGCUCCUGCCCGGGCCGGGAGGUGGAGGCGGACAUCCUCUGUGCCGAGGAAGCCAUCAGGAACGCCAACCUGGCCGUCAGCAUCUUGCCCCUGUUGUACGAAGCAGGGAACACCCCGUACCAGAGCGGCAAGCUGCAGCACAAGCUGGAGUGUCUCACGGAGGAAGCGUCGCAGACCUGCGGCCGGGAAAUCCAGGCAAUCAUGCAGGCAGCGAUGGACACGGCGCACAACCUGUGCCCGCCCGUGAUGCAGAAGAGCGGGGUGAGGGACCAGCUAAUCAAUGCCAUGUCGGAGCGCAUCCACCUCCAGGAGCACCUCAACCUCAGCUCCGUCCUGGACCAGAUGGUCACCGACGUCUUCAGCAAGCUGAACGAGAUCAAGCUGUCUGUCACGGCCGCCGUGGCCGACUGCAUCGUGGAUGCCGUGCUGGGAGACCUGUCUGCUGCCCAGUGCAAGCUGGCAGAGAGCCUCCCCACGCAUGGGCUGGAUCUCCUGGAGCCCACUGAGGACGAUGCCGCCGUGCUGGCGCGGAGCAGGAACCUCUCGGACCUUGCUGAGAAAGGCUUCGCGGUGGAGGAGUACAAGAUGGCUCUGCGGAGGAAGAACAAGCAUUUCAGGAGCAUUCGGCCCACGCCGACCGUGAGAAGUCCCUCGGAGCUGGAGCUGCCGGCCAGCGGCAAGGCGCGCCCGGCUGCCACAAAGGAUGCUGAGCCCGCCGCCGGCGCGCUCCCCGGCACGCCGCCCGCCGAAGCCCUCAUGGACCUGCCGACCGCGGGCGAGAGGCUGGAGCACUGCACCAAAGCCAGGCCCAGGCCCAACCGCAGGCACAAGCAGCCGCCGAGCAAGCCGAACGUGCAGCCUGUGGUCCAUGAGAACAGUGAGGACAGGAGCAUCACCCGUGUGGAUGAGGGCCUGGAGGACUUCUUCACCAAGAGGCUCAUCAGCGAGGAGCUGCCCACCAUGGUGCUGGAGACCGGCCCCGGAUCAGCCCCUCUGGUGUCCUCCAGCUCCCGCACCCUCAAGAAGAAAAUUGGGAAUUUUUUUGCCUUCAAGAAGCCCAAAUCCAGCCGGGGCUCGCGGUGCGAGAAGGAGCCAGAGGGCAGUACGGCAGCUCCCAGGAGCAGGCGGUCGAUGCUCAGUGACAUUUUACGGGCCCCCAGCAAGGCGGGCGAGCCGGGCAAGGCGCUGAGCAAAUCCGAGGAGGGGGCCCUCAGCACCGAGCCCGAGCACAGCCAGACCCCCGAGGCUGCCCGCAGGAUCAGGCCCAAGUACUCGCGGGAGGGCAAGUCCCAGUCCCUCAUCCUGCUGCCCGGGGAGGACGAGGAGGCGCUGGGGGUCAGGCAGGACAAGAAGAGGCACCUGGAGAAAAGCGACGGGGAGCUGCCCAACUCCUUCGAGCAGCGCGUCCACGUCAUGUUGCACCGCAUGGGUGUCACCAAGGGCCUGGCAGCCGAGGGCAAGAAGCAGCAGAGCAAAGACAGCGAGAUCAAGAAAGCCGGUUCAGAUGGGGACAUCGUGGACAGCUCUGCGGACUCCCCGCCGUCCCUGAAGGCCCGCACGCACUCCGUGUCCACAGACGUGGCCCUGCGCAGCGCGGUGGAGCCCAGCCCGGCCUGGAAAGCGCUGGGGCGGCAGCUGAACGCAGAGCUGACGGGGCCGAGCUGGGAGCAGCCCCGGCGCUGCUCCGCGGGCCCCGAGCAGAGCGGGCAGCCGGCGUGCCGCGAGGCCUGGAGCAGCAGCCUGCCGCGGCCGGGGAGGAGCGCGCCGCCGCGCCGCAUCAGCCACGGCGGGGAACCGGCCGCUGGCACCCCCCUGCCCACAUCGCCCCGCUCUGGCACCGAAGACAAUCGCCUGACGCCGCGGCUGGCUGCGCCCAGCGGCCGCCGGGCUGUGUCAGUCCACGAGGAGCAGCUCAGGGAGCCGCAGUGCCUGGCCGAGCUGGGAACCGUGACGAUUCCCCUCCGUCUGCGGCGGUCGCCUGUGCUGAAACGGAGACCGGAGGUGAUGGGCGAGCCCAGCCCAGCCUCACAGGCAGGAGGCACCACGCCGCAGGACCGGCCCCGUGCAGGGCUGGAGGAACCGCAGCCAGGAGCGACGGGGUACAGGGAGCGGCCAGGAGGCCUGACACAGACUGUUGUGAACGCACAAGACUCAGCCGUAGACCAAAGAAGCCCCGUGCCAGGCUGGGAGGAGCCAGCCCUGGGACAGUGA